AUGCCGGGACCGAUACCAGAUCUUGAUAAGACGGGUUACAGUUGCGCGGGAUGCCGACUACCGGAUAGUGCCGAGGACGAAAUGGUGUUUUGCGACCACUGCCAAAGAUGGUACCAUUUCGGGUGUGCGGGCGUGACUGACGAAGUGAAGGAUGUCUCCUGGUGCUGUAAAGGGUGUAUUGGAGUAGCUGCGGAUAAAUCGGGUCCACCUGCGCUGGAAGAGGAGUUGGCUAAACUCGAAAAGGAGAUGGAGGAGCAAAGGCAGGCUUUGGAGAUCGAAAAGAUCCUGGGAAAAAAGCGACUCGAACACCAGCGCAAGAUGUUUUUGUUGCGCCAGCAAGUAGAAAAAGAGAAACGGGAUAUGGAGUUAGCAUUCGAAAAGGAGCAAUUGGAACAGGAGUUAGCGGAAGAAGAAGCUCACCGGAAGAAACGCGAUCAAGUGCUGAAGAAGGUGCAGAACAAAUUAAAGCUGUUGAAGAUCGAUCCGGCUGUUAAGAUGGAUGCAGGAAAAAGAAGCGGACAAGACGAAGGAGGACUCGCAUCGAAGGACGAAGAUGGGAUGAAGAAGAAAACGAAGAAGGAAAAGUCGAAGCAAGCUACAAUGGAGAAGAAAAAGCCAGGAAGAGGAAAGUCCGAGAAGGAAAAGUCGGAUAAACAUCGCCUGGAGAAAGCUGAUCCAAAGGAUGCAAGCAAAGGAGAUCCUCGAGGAGCGUACCGUAAAUAUUCUACUCCCAAAACGGCCAGUGGUGUACCUGGUUUGCUUUCCAGUUCCCACAAGAAGAAAACCCCACUUGGGCAUCCAGAUUUGCUUACGAAGAAAAAGAAGAGCAAGAAGCAGUCAAUCGAAGUCAAGGAAAGCAGCGAAGAAGAAGAUAGUUCCAGCGCUAGUGAUGAAGAGGAGGAAAUCGAUUCGGAGAAGUCCGGAUCAGAAGAAGACGAAAGGGAUUCGGAAGAAUCAGAAGCAGAGGAAGAAAGUUCGUCGGAAGAGGAGGAAGAAAGUUCGUCGGAAGAAGAGGUUGUAAUCAAGAAGCGUCAGAAGAAUCUGCAUCGUCAACCAUCAAAGAGCCAACUGUCGGCUCGACAAUUCCUGGGGAAGAAGCUGCCAGUAUUCUCCGGAAUGUUGGAAGAGUGGCCGAUGUUCAUAAACGCAUAUGAAACAUCAAAUGAAGCUUGUGGAUUUUCCGACGUAGAGAACUUGGCUCGACUUCAGGAGUGCUUGAAAGGCCAAGCACUAGAGUCAGUGCGCAGUAGGUUGCUUCUCCCUAAAGCAGUACCGCAGAUCAUCGAAACCCUAAAAAUGCUUUAUGGUAGACCGGAGCAACUUUUAAACAUGCUGCUGUCGAAAGUUAGAAAGGCACCUCCCCCGAAAGCAGAUAAGCUGGCUACGUUCAUCCAGUUUGGCGUUGUCGUGCAGCAACUGGCGGAUCAUUUAGAAGCCACCGAUCUCACCACGCACCUGAUGAAUCCAAUGCUGAUGCAGGAAUUGACGGAAAAGCUGCCCGCCAAUACCCAGUUGGAGUGGGUUCGCUAUCGCAGGAAGGCUGCCAGACAUCGAGUAGUUACGCUCCGAACGUUGGCUGAUUUUCUCUCGGGUAUCGUCAAAGACGCAAGUGAGAUUGUCCCGUACUGCGAUACGACUAUUUCGGAAGCUUGUCGAGGAUUCCGGAAGGAAAAAGGCAGAAAGGAGAACGAGGGAUUUCUGCACACGCACGGUGCUGAUGUAAACAGCGAAAGAAGCCAGUCAUCGAGUUCGCAGCAGAGAGAGAAGAAACCCUGCAGGAUAUGCGGUCGUCUUGAUCAUCGGAUCCGGAACUGUGAGACGUUUAGAAGACUUCGGAUAACGGAAAGAUGGGAGGCAGUUCGUAAGUGGCAGCUAUGCUAUCUGUGCCUGAACGAGCAUGGAAAUGCACGUUGCAAACUCAAUUUUCGAUGCAACGUGGGUCAGUGUAGGGAGCCACACAAUCCUCUGCUGCAUUUCGACCAGUCGCCAGCCGCCAAUUCUAACUGUUACCUGCAUAACAUCCAGCGCAAACCAUCGGUGAUAUUCCGGAUGAUUCCGGUAACACUCUACAACGGAAGCUCUGCCGUGGACACCAUAGCUUUCCUGGACGAAGGUUCUUCGUAUACGUUGGUCGAGAAGUCACUGGCAAACUUAUUGCGAGCAAAGGGGGUCGUGCAACCACUCCGAGUGACGUGGACAGCAGGAGUGACCCGAUUGGAGAAGGAUUCGAGAAGGGUGGAGCUCUUUAUUUCCGCACGAGGAUCGUCACAACGUUUUCGUAUCACGGCUGCCCACACGGUCGAGAGUCUGAAGCUACCGCAACAAACCGUAGCUAUGUCAGAGGUGGUCAACGAACAUCCCCACCUUCGAGGUUUACCUGUGUCCGAUCUACGCAGAGGAGUUCCUCAAAUCAUCAUCGGCCUGAAGGACAUCCAUCUAUACGCGCCCAUCGAAUCCAGAAUCGGUCGACCGGAUGAACCGAUCGCCGUCAAGUCGAAGCUGGGAUGGACGAUCUACGGACCUACCCAUUCAAGCCACUCAGAAACGAGAAUAGUUGGACAUCACAGCUGUGACAUCGUAUCCAACGAGGAUUUGCACGACCUGUUACGGAGUCAUUACGCCCUGGAAGAAUCUAUGAUUUCCGUAGCGCUGCUUCCCGAAUCCAGUGAAGACAAGAGAGCGAAAGAGAUCCUGCACAGCACGACCAUCAGAAUUGGGAACCGUUUCGAGACAGGACUUUUGUGGAGAGAGGACGACCCACGAUUCCCUGACAGCUACCCGAUGGCGGUCAAACGGUUCCGUUGUCUAGAGAGACGUUUGGUAAAAGAUCGUAGCCUGUACGACAAGGUAAGGGGGCUAAUAUCCGAUUAUACUAAGAAGGGGUACAUCCAUGUAGCUUCAAAGUCUGAGCUAGCUGAGUUCCAACCGGAUGAGGUGUGGUAUUUGCCACUGAGUGUUGUAAUACAUCCGAAGAAGCCAGGGAAAGUCCGUUUAGUGUGGGACGCUGCGGCCGCAGUAAAUGGGGUGUCGCUGAACUCGAAGCUUUUGAAAGGUCCGGACAUGCUGACUCCACUCCCAAGCGUAUUAUCGAAGUUCCGUGAGCGAGAAGUGGGUUUUGGAGGUGACAUCAGGGAGAUGUAUCUUCAAAUGAUGGUCCGUAAAGCCGAUAAGCGGUCACGAUUCGUCUUCCGAGGAAGUUCAGUGGAGGAAUUCGAGGUCUACAUCAUAGACGUGACGAUGUUUGGUGCGACGAGCUCGCCAUGCUCCGCCCAAUUCGUUAAGAACCUCAACGCGAGAGAGUAUGCAGUGCAGUUUCCGGAAGCGGCAAAGGCGAUCGUGGAGAACCAUUAUGUUGACGAUUACUUCGACAGCACGGACACAGUAGAGCAGGCAGUUAAACGAGCGCAGGAUGUGAGGUACGUACACUCGAAAGCCGGUUUCGAAAUCCGGAACUGGGUGGCCAGCUCCAACGAAGUUCUCCAGAGCAUGGGGGAACCAAAGGCUGCAAAAUGUGUGCAGUUCACGGAAGAUAAGGGAACGAGCCUAGAGCGAGUCUUGGGCAUAGCUUGGUGUCCGAAUGGCGACGAGUUCACGUUUUUAGCAAAGCUACGGGACGAGUUGAUGCCGUACAUAUCGGGAGAACGAAGACCCACCAAACGAGUAAUCAUGAGCUGCGUCAUGAGCUUGUUUGAUCCACUUGGAAUGCUAGCAACGUUCACCACUCACGGAAAAAUGCUAAUCCAGGAUUUGUGGCGUAGUGGCAGCGAUUGGGAUCAACCGAUCGACGACGAUUGCUGCGAUAAGUGGAAUCGGUGGAUCAGUCGACUUCCAGAGGUUGAGAACGUGAAGAUCCCACGCUACUACUUCCGAAGAUUCAGUUCCGUCGAUUAUAACUCCCUCCAACUCCACGUUCUUGUCGAUGCCAGUCAAGACGCGUACGGUGCGGCUGCGUAUUUUCGUGCUUUGACCGACGAAGGGCCGUUGUGUUCCCUGGUGAUGGCGAGGUCGAAGGUCGCACCGUUGAAGAUGCUGUCAAUUCCACGUCUCGAGCUGCAGGCAGCAGUCGUAGGAUCCAGGCUAAUGAAUUCCGUGAUCGAGGCUCAUUCGUUGGAUGUGAAGAAAAGGUUCAUCUGGUCCGAUUCAAGGACGGUGAUAUCGUGGAUUCAGUCGGAGCAGCGCCGAUACAAACCAUUCGUAGCCUUUCGAAUUGGUGAAAUUCUGAGUCUCACGAAACACAGUGAGUGGCGGUGGAUCUCUACGAAGAGCAAUAUUGCCGAUGAUCUAACGAAGUGGAAGAAGGGAAGCAGUUUGGAUUCGAAUGGUCCAUGGUUCCAAGGUCCGCGAUUCCUGUAUCAGCCGGAAGAAGAAUGGGCGCAGCAAGACAGCGUGGAGCCGAAUACCACAGAAGAAGUCCGAGCAUGUCAUCUGAUUCAUGAUGUCUCGAUAGCGGAGUCCGUGGUAGAUGCGACGCGUUUCUCGCGUUGGAAAGUUUUGGUCAGAACGGUAGCGUGCAUGUACCGGUUCACGUCCAAUUGCAUCAGAAAACGGGAAGGCUUGGCGAUUGAAACGGUGUCGGCACCAGCAAGGGUGCAACGAUUGGUGAAGCGGUCUGUACAAGCGGUGGUGGUUCCACUGAAGCGAGAGGAGUUUCAACGUGCUGAAGCCUACCUGUGGCGUUCUGCGCAGUUGGAGUUUUAUGGGGAAGAAAUCAAGAUCCUGUUAAAAAACCGAGAGCUUCCGUACACCGAAUGGCAUCCGUUGGAGAAAAACAGCAGUCUGUACGACCUCAGCCCAUUCUUGGACGAGGAAGAUGUGCUACGAAUCUAG